GGAGGGGUCUCCCCCAAUUUGGGUCUGGGGUCUCGGGGGACAACUGAGACAAUUUGGGGUCAAUUUUGGGGGUCCCACCAUCUCACCCCCCCCCUCCCCUCUCUCCCCGCAGCCCCCCGGAGCCGCCCCGGGGAGGGGCCGGGAAUUGGGUCGGGGGUCGCGGGGGGGCUGUACCACGAGCGGCAGCGCCUGGAGCUCUGCGCCCUGCACGCCCUCAACAACCUCCUGCAGCGGCCCUGGCUCAGCAAGGCCGCGGCCGACGGCAUCUGCCGGCGGCUGGCCCCCCGCGCCCGGCCCAACCCCCACCGCAGCCCCCUGGGCACGGGGAGCUACGACGUCAACGUGGUGAUGGCGGCGCUGGGCACGCUGGGGCUGGCGGCCGUGUGGUGGGACCGGCGCCGCCCCCUGGAGCGCCUGGCGCUGCCGCCGCUGCUGGGGCUGCUGCUCAAUGUCCCCUCCCGGGUGACACUGGGGACGCUGGCCCUGCCCCUGCGCCGCCCCCACUGGCUGGGGGUGAGGGAGAUCCGGGGCGUGUUCUACAACCUGGACUCGAAACUGGAGUCACCUGAGGCCAUCGGGGACGAGACACAGCUCAGGUGAC